AUGGACAUAUUCGUGGAAAAGCACAAGCUGAAAUGGAAUCCAGAUAAGAUUGGAGUAAUCCUGGUUGUGUGCGGAAAGCCGGAUAAUCCAAUUGAGAAAGUGCAGCGGAUUAUUGGUGGUAGCACAGCACAGCCGGGCAGCUUCCCAUGGCAGGCAAAAACUGUCAUGUCUGGGCUCGGGCGUGCCGGAGGGGCGUUGCUGGGUGACCGCUGGAUCCUGACAGCCGCCCACACCUUGUACCCCAAGGGGCGAGCCGAAUACGGGCCCAGGCAGAGUCUCGAAGAGAUGGCUGAGAAAGUGGAAGUCUUCCUGGGCGCCAUCAAUGUGACCGAGCUCCACAAGUUGGGCAACAAGCCCAUCCUCAGGCUCUUUGUGCACCCAGACUACAACCCGGAUAAUGAGCAGAACUUUGACGGAGACAUCGCGCUCAUCGAGCUACGGGACCCUGUGACCCUCGGCCGCGACGUCCUGCCCAUUUGUCUCCCGGAUCCACAAAACACUUCUUUCUACGGCCGAGGGCGCGUGGGGUACGCCAGUGGCUUUGGCAGGCGGCGCUACAGGCUCCAUCAGGCGGGCACCAAAGGCAUCAAGCGGGGAGAGGGCAGGCGUCUGAAGGUGACUCCACAGUCCCCACCGUGCCCACUCACCAUCCCAACCAUCCCAACCGUCGGCACCCGGGCGGGCAGGCAGGCAGGGGCGCUCGCUCGCUCUGCUCAGUGUGGGAGGGACUGGCUGGGGCUGCCAGAAGCAGCUCAGCCGGGGGCAGAGCAGAGCGCCACAGG